AUGCUGGCCACGGGCUGGUGCAUACAUGGUCCGGUUGCUGCUCCGGCUGUUGGAUCCCAGGCUCCUCGAGCUCCGCGGUCCUUUUCGGCACUUUGUCGACUGCAGCCUCCCAUGGCCCUCUCCGCCGUUUUCGCAGCGGGGAGCCGUCUGCGAAAGCGGCGCAGCGAGCGGAGAGGGAGCCGUGGUUUGGAGCUCGAGAGCUCGAGCUCAGGCCUGGAAACCUUGGAGGGCGCCCGGGCCCUGGUGACCGGGGGCUCCCGGGGCAUCGGCCUGGCAACGGCCCAGCUCCUGCUCUCGCUGGGUGCGGAGGUCACCAUCUGCGCGCGGGGGGAGGAAGAUCUGGCGAAAGCACAGGAGCAGAUGCCCCGAAGCUGCCGAGCUGUCCCUGCAGAUCUCGCAACGAAAGCUGGCGUUGAAGCACUGGUAGACCAGCUGGGGCCGGAGCUGGAUAUCCUGGUAAACAACUGUGGGAUCAACAUCCGCAAGAGGGCGGAAGACUAUACAGAGGAGGACUUCGAAAAGAUCUUCAAUACCAACUUCAUGAGCUGUAUGAGGCUCUCAAGAGCAGUGCUGCCGCUGCUGCGAAAGGCGAUGAAUCAGAUGACCCGGAACUUGGCAGUGGAGUGGGCACGCUUUGGAAUCCGCGUGAACGCCGUGGCGCCGGGGGCCAUCGCCACUCCCCUCGUGGCCAAGACCAAUCCCACGUACAUUGAAGACUUCCGACAACGCAAACCUCUCGGACGCUUGGGCGAUGUGAUGGAGGCGUCACGGGACUGCGUGUUUUGGGGCGCGGGAGAGGGGUGCGGGGCACAGCAUCCGAAGACUUCUGAAGCUUGCAUAGCCAAGGUCCAAUCUCGUCUGUUUCUCUCUCUUCGCCAUUCCUCAUGCAUGAAACAGGCUGUCGAAACUCUUCGCCUGGAUGCAGGUAGAAGGUCUGCACCCUCGAAGGCAGCAACUUCCGCCCCCGGAGCCCGCGAUACACCCAAGUCGUUGAAGAUGCCCUAG